AUGAAGAGGAAGAUAACUGAUUUCUUUCAGGUCUCUAAGAAAGUGUCAAAUAAUAUCAAAAGUGUUCCGAAGACUGACAUUAAGGUCGUUAAGGGUUCCGAUAGUGAUAAAGAGAACAUUGACCAGGAUAAUAAAGAUAAUGAUGGUAAUGGAACCGCGUAUGAAGAAUUUGCUAAAAAGAAUGGAUUUGAUAAGACCAAAUGGUUAGAAUCUUUAAAUGAAGAACAUAAGGAAUUGUUGGAUUUGGAAAUCAAUAAUUUACAUAUUUCAUGGUUAACUUUCCUUCAUAAAGAAUUAACCAAACCAUAUUUCUUGAAUUUAAAGAAAUUCUUAAAGGCUCAACAACUGAAAACUGUAUUUCCACCCAAAAAUCAAAUUUAUUCAUGGUCCCAUUAUACUCCAUUACCUGAAAUCAAGUGUCUUGUUUUAGGUCAAGAUCCUUAUCAUAAUUUCAAUCAAGCUCAUGGAUUAGCAUUCCUGGUAUUAGAACCUACUAAACCACCACCAUCAUUGAAAAAUAUCUAUAAAACCAUUCAAACCGAUUAUCCUAAAUUUGAAAUCCCCAACUCGACAAAAGGUGGUGGUGGUAACUUAACUAAAUGGGCAGAAAGAGGGGUUUUACUUUUAAAUACUUGUUUAACAGUUGAAGCUCAUAAACCAAAUAGUCAUUCGAAGCAUGGAUGGGAAACAUUUACACAGAAAAUUAUUGAAACAGCUAUUAAUUUCCAUUUGGAAAAACAAGGAUUCGUUGUCAUGGCAUGGGGAAUGCCGGCUCAAAAUACAUUAAGUAAUUUCAAAGAUCUCAAUAAAGAUAAUUUCUUAGUUAUAAAGACAUUCCAUCCUUCACCAUUUUCAGCAGCCAAAGGAUUUUUCACCCUGAAAUGCUUUAAAUCGUGUAAUGAGUGGUUACAACAACAAGGGAAACAACCUAUAGAUUGGUCAAUUGUAGAAAAUAAUAGUAUUUGGUGA